UCUGGUAAUGUUUCCUACACUAAUUGUGUGUGUAUGAGUGUGUGUGUGUGACGUGUGUGUGCAUAUGUGAAACAGUGUAUAUGAGUGUUUGGGGAGGGGGGGAACUGACAGACUGUGUAUGUUUAUGCAUUUGUAUAUUUGUGUAUGUGUGUGUGUGUGUGUGUGUGUGUGUGUGAUAGUGAAUCUGCUAAAAAUAGUUGAACACAUUAUCCGAUCAGAGGAGGAUCCCAUUGCAUGUGUGCAAGACAUAUCUCACUGGUGUCCAGCCUGAAGGCUGUUUGACACUACUGCAACAACAACAACAACAACAACAACUACAACAGCACUGAGAGAGAAAAUGUGAACAUUACUGGAAAAUAAUUUCCUCUAAGACGUUAUUUCACUAAAAUUCUCAGAAGUUAUGUUACAACCUGUAACAAAAGUUGUGUUUAUUCCAAAGUCCAAAGUUUCUAUUGGUAAAAAUCAAACAAAAGAAUAUCGUAGAGAACUCAAAGAAAAUGUUAGCUCAGAAACCCCAAACAUUAGCACUAUAUCAUUGUCUUCAGUAGCAACAUCUGAGAAUGAUCAAGGCAGUUGCAAAGUUGAAGAACAGAGAGAAAUAACUAAUGAUUGGAUUGUUUUCCCACAAGAAUCUAAGAAUUGUGCAACCAUGUUUAAAACAUCAAUGCAAAGAUCUCUUUGGAGAGAAUGUAAAAACAUUAAGACUUUAGCACAACCAAAUACCUUUUCUCAAAGAACAUUGAAAGAUACGAAUCUCAAAGCAUCAGGUUAUGAGCCAAAUUCUUUAACAAAAGAACUCAGGCACUGGAGAGAACGAAAAGUAGCAUUUGAAGGUACAAAUGUUUUGGAAAAAGAGCUAAACCAUGACUCAGUUCAACAGAAUUUGAAGACUAUUGAAAGUUCUUCAAAAAGUAAUCUGACAUUCUUUCUUCCCAGGAUUUCUUCCAAAAUCUCCAUGUCACAGCAUUCCAAUAGCAAAUCUAUUCAUAAACAAUUGCAAUUAACAAAUAUAAGUAAAGUCUCUCACAGAAAUUGUAACAAAGAUUGUAAUAUAUAUUAUAACAAACCAAAAGUAGUUUUCCCAAAUUUAUCUAGCUAUGCUAAUGAAUCUCCAUUGGACUUGAAAGAGCAGAAAUAUUUCACAUGUAAUUCAUACUUACCUUUUGAAACUUGUGUCAAUCAAAGAAUGUGGAACUUGUUCAACAACACCCUUCCCUCUUCACCUCGUCGUAAAAAUUUAUUACUUAAUUGGUACGCAAGCAUUUCUGACCAAUAUUCUCCAAAAGCUAGAACUGUCACCUCAACAAAACAGUCCAUUCCUUCAUGGUUGUCUAAAGAUGCUGAAGACAAUAUCGAAAUCAUUGGCACUCAGGCCUUGUAUCACAAAAAACAUAAAUAUUUUGAUAAAGAGUCAGCUUGGAAACCCCCUGUUUUACAUCCCUGACCUUAAUAAAAACUCCACUUCCUUCUCUACACACCUUUUCACAGCUAGAGCUACUGUAUUGUUCCUGUGUAUAUUUGGUUCACUCUGUUGAUCAGAUAAACUACCGAGACUAAGCAGUUCAAACAUGGUAUUGCAGUGGGUCAGAAUUUACAACUUUUGUCCCCAGAAUUCAGUUCCAGUUUGAAUAUAACUUCUCUCAACAUGUCUGUGAGCUUCCAAAAACAUGUCUGAGUGAGACAUAAGAAGGGAAACACAUUAAUUUACUCUUGAACAAUUAUGUGCUAAGUUGCAUCUUAAAAAUCUUUUCUUACAACAUUUAGCAACUACUCACAACAUCAUAUGCAAUUUAUCAAUUCAUAAUUCCAUAAGAGUGAGCUAUUCAAGAGAGAUAACUCUUUUUAUUACUAGUUUGACUUUCUGUGAUUGAAAACUAGUGAGAUUUUCAUUUUACUCAAGAAGAUUUUCAUAAUAAGUCACAUGAUUAAGUGAAUUUUAAAAUCUCAUACCCUAACAAUUUUUAGCACAAGGAAAAAUGAAAAAACAAAACGGUACUCCAAUUAAAUCAUUUAAGGGUUAAUGGAUUAUCAAUGGAUUUGUUAUUAGUAGAUUAACAGUGAUUGGAAAUAGAAUUGGAUUAACUUGAAACGGGAUGCUGGUGAACUAACAAUAAACAAGACAACAGUGAACAAGACACUAGUUUUCGUGACUAUGAAACUCAUUAUCAGUUUAUGUUAAUCGUUUACCCAAUAUUUUCCUCUUCCUCAUAUUCAUGGUGAUGAUGAUGAUGUCUGUCAUCAUAUCCCAAAUUUACCGUUUCAAGCUGGCUUUGGAAUCUUCAUGACUUAACAUAUACAUCAGCACAUGUACAAGUGAUUAAAUUUUGGUGGGAUAUUAAGUUCAAUAUUCCAGUGAUGGCAGCAAUAAUGACUGAUGUAUUUAUUUACAGCUUAUUUGAUUUUCUGACCUUCCACUUUUCUUUUAAAAUCAAUAACAGAAUUCAUCCCAUAAUGCUAAAUAACUUCUUUUUUCUCACCAAACAUGUUCAAUCAUUCCUGAUUAUUUUAUUGUCUCUCUUUCUCUCUCUCUCUCUUCAUAUAUAUAAAUAUACCAAAUAACACAUCACAUGUCUGUCUUAUUAAUGAGAUAAUGUUGUUCUGUGCAUAUAUAUUACAUAUAUAGUCAACAGAUGAGAUCUAGAGAUGCUCAAUAUAGAAAACACUUAAUAGUGCUCAAAUGAUUUGAACUUACACACUGAAAUCCUUACAAAGGACUAAGUCCACAGGGUAAAGAGAGGCUUUGAAAGGAAUCCAGGAGAGCAGAUAUGGAGAUAAUGAUGCAAAUAAACAAAUAAAACUGCUUGUAAAUAGAUAGAAAACAAAGACUGAAAGUAUUCAGAUGAUGAAUAUUGAUGUAUAAAUUAAUAGAUAUUUAUGUAUUAACAGAGAAAGCUUAGAGUACAAAGACACAGAAAAUUAAGGGGAGAAGGUAUGGUAUUUCAAGUCCAACAGCUGUUUCUGGGGUCUUGGAAUUAUGCAAUAAUGUUGGCAGAUGUAGUUUGCAAAAAGUCAAGGAUAUCCAAUCAGUAGUGGAAGCAUAUAAACAUUAGGUAGAUUUGGCCUCUGUCUUCGAGGUGGAGAGAUAUUUAUUAAACAUUUCAAAUAAUGAUGCAGGGAAAUUUGAAAGUAAACUGGUUGAUGAAGAAGGCAAACAGAAGUCAGUGGAGGGAAGGAGUAGGCAGCUCAAUGGGGAUCUGGAGAGUGUUGAAGCAAGAAAGCGCAAAGAGGGAUAGGAGAGUCAGAUCAAGAAGAGGAAGGGGGUGAGUGGUCAGGGUAUUGAGAGGAGUAGAAGUGAAGAGUUGUGAGAUGAUUGGGAGGGGUGUGAUGUUUUGAGCAUGGCUCUUCAUCAGAAAGAAGAAAUGUCUGGCGAGAAGGAAAACGAUAGUCUAAGAAAAGCACAUGUGUGAUAUAUAAUAUAUAUAUAUAUAUUAUAUAUACAUGCACACUAUUAUCAUUUAAAAUAAUACAUGUUUACUAUGGACUUCCUGUAAUGCAUGAGCAAUGAUACACAGUAACCGACUGUUGUUAGCUGAAGCAUACAUACACAUAUGCACCCCAACGAAUUUCAUUCGUCACAACUUUCAGAAACAUAGAUAUAUUUUAAUGAAAUUGUCCAAAAAUACACUUCAGAUGGUGUAGAUAUGAUGUAGAUUUGUACUAUUUUGGAAUUUGUUAUGAUUAUAAAUUUUGGGGAAAAAAAAAAUAUGUUGAGGGCCAGUAUGUAUGUGUGCUAUCCCACCAAUUUUUAUUUACAGAUUAAAUUCUACAAUCAUAAUCUACAUAGUCUGAAAGGUAUUUGUCAAAAUCUUCAUUUAAAAAUACCCAUUUUUCUGAAAGUUAUGUGGAAAGAAAGCUGACCUGUGCGAAUUUUCUGAAUUUCCUCUCCCCACUUUCCCUGAAUACAUUUUCUUCACAAACUCAGAUAUAAUUCCAGUCUACACUAUCUGAAGGAUAUUUGUAGAAAAUUUCAUUAAAAAGUAUCCACUUUUUGUGGAAGUUAUGAGGAAAUGAAGUCAGUAGGGCACAUUUGUGUAAGUAUACUCUAGGCUCAUACAUACAUACAUGUGUAUAUAUAUAUAUAUAUAUAUAUGUAUGUAUAUAUAUAUAUAUAUAUAUAUAUAUAUAUAUAUUAUA